AAUCCCCCCUCCACUUAUUCCCACCUUUCUCCUCUCUUUUUCCUCCUAAUUGUCUCAUCAUCAAACAAUAUUCAAAUCAUUCCCUCUAUCUCUCACACACACACAACAUCACCACAUUGCUUUGAACAAACAUUCUCCAUGACAAACAUGGAUCAUCACCAAGAGGAGGAGCUGUUCACGGGCGGGCGACGCUGCGUGCUCGUGAACGGCCCCCUCAUCGUGGGGGCCGGCCCCUCCGGCCUCGCAGUCGGGGCCGGCCUCAAGCGGCAAGGCGUCCCCUUCCUCAUCCUCGAGCGCGCCAACUGCAUUGCCUCUCUGUGGCAGAAGAAAACCUACGACCGCCUCAGCCUCCACCUCCCCAAACACUUCUGCCAGCUCCCUUACUUCCCUUUUCCGGCCACCUUCCCGGAAUAUCCCUCCAAGCAGCAGUUCAUCGACUACCUCGAAUCCUACGCCAAACACUUCGGCAUAUCUCCCAUUUUUGAUGAAUCCGUCGAGUCCGCCAAGUACGACGCCGCAUGCGGGCUGUGGCGCGUGAGGAGCUCCGCCGCCGCAGACUACCUCUGCCGGUGGAUCGUGGUGGCCACCGGCGAGAAUGCGGAGAAGGUGGUGCCGGAGUUCGAGGGGUUGAGCGGCUUCGCCGGAAAUGUAGUGCAUGCUUGCGACUACAAAUCGGGAGAGCCCUUUGCAGGGAAAAGGGUUUUGGUCGUUGGGUGUGGGAAUUCCGGCAUGGAAGUGUCUCUUGAUCUCUGCCACCAUCGAGCUCUUCCAUCCAUGGUUGUUCGCAGCUCUAUACAUGUGUUGCCGAAGAAUGUUUUUGGGAUAUCGACGUUCGAGCUAGCUGGUUUGAUGACAAAAUGGCUGCCGCUGCGGGUGGCCGACAAGAUACUGGUGGCGGCGGCGCGGCUGAUUCUUGGUGACACGGCCAAGUACGGGCUGAAACGGCCGGCGGCGGGGCCGUUGCAGCUGAAGCACAGAGAGGGGAAGACCCCUGUUCUUGACAUAGGCACCCUUGCAAGGAUUAGGUCAGGAGAUAUCAAUGUGGUUUGUGGGAUCAAGAGGUUUUUGGAGGAAGGAGUUGAGCUUGUCAAUGGUGAAGUUCUUGCUGUUGAUUCUGUGAUCAUGGCUACUGGAUACUCUAGCAAUGUGCCCACAUGGUUAAAGGAAAGUGAGUUCUUUACAAAGGAUGGGUUUCCAAGAUCACCAUUUCCAAAUGGUUGGAAGGGCAAAGAUGGGCUUUAUGCAGUUGGUUUUACGAGAAGAGGGCUCUCGGGCGCGUCGGCCGACGCCGUCAGAGUCGCCGGAGACAUCGGUGAGAUUUGGAAUCAAGAAAUGAAGCAGAAGAGGCAUGCCGUGGGAGUCGCCUGCUGCAAUAGAAGAUGCAAGCCUUAGUUUAUGACUAAUCAUAUGAUGACAAUUCUUUUUUUAGUUUUUUUACAUAUACUUUUUUUUGUGUGUGUUGGGAUCUAGUUUACCAGCACAUUGAUAGAUAAAUUGAGUUUGGUUAGGCAAAUGUUAAAAGAAAAGAAUGUAAGAGAAAAAAAAAAAGAAAAAAAAAAGCCCUCUUCAAUGAGGGUGCCAAAAACUUACCUUUUAGCAUUUUUUUUGUACAAAGCGAGAUGAGGCUUUCUUAAUUUUUUUUUAAUGUGAAGAGAUUUUUUCGUA